CCCAGUGGUGUUAAAUCCCCUGGCUCUCAAUCUAGGGAUUUUCGGGAUUACUGCGAGAAAAUCACUAGAGUGACAAGCGUUUUUCCAGGGAAACGAAACUAUUCAGACGAUUUACACAGUCGCUCCGGAUUUAUUUCCCAAUAAUUGGAGUAAUACGAGUGGAAUUUUGCAUUAUUUAGGCACUUGUAGAAUAGAUAAAUACUGCGUCCCAUCAUGACGCUCAACAAGAUGGAGGUGGACGAUAAACUUUCAAAGGGCGAGGGUUUCAAGCCUUAUUACAUUACGAAAAUCGAGGAAUUGCAGCUUAUUGUUGCGGAGAAGGGGCAGAAUUUGAGGAGAUUACAGGCACAACGUAAUGAACUCAAUGCUAAAGUGCGUAUGCUUCGGGAAGAGCUCCAACUCCUGCAAGAGCAAGGCUCCUACGUCGGUGAGGUUGUAAAACCAAUGGACAAAAAGAAAGUCCUCGUGAAAGUUCACCCCGAGGGAAAAUUCGUCGUCGACAUUGACAAGAACAUCGACAUAAAUGACGUCACUCCAAACUCACGAGUUGCCCUUCGAAAUGAGAGUUACACCCUUCAUAAAAUUCUCCCCAACAAAGUGGAUCCUCUGGUGUCCCUCAUGAUGGUGGAAAAAGUUCCAGAUUCGACUUACGAGAUGGUAGGGGGUCUCGACAAGCAAAUAAAGGAGAUUAAGGAGGUGAUUGAGCUGCCAGUGAAGCAUCCUGAGUUGUUUGAUGCAUUGGGUAUUGCCCAGCCCAAGGGUGUUUUGCUUUAUGGCCCACCAGGUACUGGAAAGACCCUCCUGGCUAGAGCUGUAGCUCACCAUACUGAGUGCACGUUUAUUCGUGUCUCUGGAUCGGAGCUUGUUCAAAAAUUUAUUGGCGAGGGCUCGAGAAUGGUCAGGGAGUUGUUUGUCAUGGCUAGAGAGCAUGCACCGUCGAUUAUUUUCAUGGAUGAGAUUGAUUCCAUUGGCAGUUCGAGAAUUGAAUCUGGCUCUGGGGGUGACAGUGAGGUGCAACGUACCAUGUUGGAGCUGUUGAAUCAGCUUGAUGGGUUUGAAGCCACGAAGAAUAUCAAAGUCAUCAUGGCUACCAACAGAAUUGACAUUCUGGAUCCUGCUUUACUCCGUCCUGGGAGAAUCGAUCGUAAAAUCGAAUUUCCACCACCAAAUGAAGAGGCCAGGCUCGAUAUUCUCAAGAUCCAUUCGAGGAAAAUGAAUCUAACUAGGGGUAUUAAUCUGAGGAAAAUUGCAGAACUGAUGCCUGGGGCAUCUGGAGCUGAAGUUAAGGGUGUUUGUACUGAGGCAGGUAUGUACGCACUUCGUGAACGUCGAGUGCACGUGACGCAGGAGGAUUUCGAGAUGGCAGUUGCCAAAGUUAUGCAGAAAGACUCUGAGAAGAAUAUGUCUAUUAAGAAAUUGUGGAAGUAAUUUUUUUCGUUUAAAUGUAUUGCUAAGGAAUUUAAUAAAUGCUCUUACUUAUUUCGAUAA